AUGCUCCGCCGAGUCCCCGCCCUUCGCCCGCGGGCGCUCGGCGCACCGCGGCCUCUCGCGCUACGCUACGUCGCCUCCUCCUUGCCAGUGGGGCGGGUGACCGUCCCCAACCGGGCUAUACACGUACGUGCCAUUUCGUUCGGCACGGUUCCCCGUAUCAUGGCCAAAGCCUUCCGCGUACCGUUGUACGGCGUUGCUGUUGGGGCUGGCGGGUUUGGGUAUGCAAAUUACAAGCUCGAAGGUGUGCGGAAUGCGACGGUCGAGGUCCUAGAUAGCGUCAAGGACACGCUUAGCUCCGCUUACGAUUCGACUGCUGGCGCCAUUGGGGCUGCUGGAAACGCGUUGGGAGCCCUCGGAGAAGGUGUGGGAAAUGGUGCAAGGGGAGCCGUGGAAGGAGCGACGGGAAGGAUAGAGGCGUUUCAGAAGGGAGCGGGGGAGUGGUGGGGUGCGUUCUCGUCCCAGUUCAAGGGCACGGAGGAUACGACGACCGUCAAGACUGCGCCGCAAGAGGAACCAGAAGGCGGCGGCGGUGGUGGUAGUGGAGGAGGAGGAGGAGGAGGAGGGGGGGAGGCAGCUGCUGUCCUUGCGGCGGCAGCUGUUGCGCAUGAUGGCGCCGACGAGCCCGAACCCAAGGAGCACCAGCUCCUCCAGCUUACCCGGAAGCUUAUCGAGAUCCGCCAGGUGUUGCUGAGUGUCGACCAGAGCGACGCGCUCACGCUCCCGUCAAUUGUGGUUAUUGGGUCGCAGAGCUCGGGGAAGAGUUCGGUGCUAGAGGCGAUUGUGGGACACGAGUUCUUGCCAAAGGGAGACAACAUGGUUACCCGCCGGCCCAUCGAGCUCACUCUCAUCUACACACCCGUCAAGGCCGGCUCGAACCAGCCCGCCGAGUACGGAGAGUUCCCAGACAUGCCGCACUUGGGCAAGGUGACGAACUUUUCGACGAUCCAGAAGACGCUCACGGACCUCAACCUCGCCGUGCCCGCCGAGGAGUGCGUGUCCGACAAGCCGAUCCACCUCAACAUCCACUCGCCCCACGUACCCGACCUCACGCUCAUCGACCUGCCGGGCUACGUGCAGAUCUCGAGUCUUGAGCAGCCCGAAUCGCUCAAGGAGAGCAUCUCGGCGCUGUGUGAUAAGUACAUCCGCGAGCCGAACAUUAUCCUCGCCGUGUGCGCCGCCGACGUCGACCUGGCGAACUCGCCGGCCCUACGCGCGUCGAGACGGGUGGACCCACUUGGUACUCGCACCAUUGGUGUCGUUACUAAGAUGGACCUCGUGACGCCGCAGCAGGGAGCGUCGAUUAUACGGGGCGACAAGUAUCCACUGCACCUCGGCUACGUCGGUGUCGUGUCCAAGGCGCCGCCCACUGUCGGCGUCUUCUCCUCCCUCCGCUCACCGCCACGAGUCACAAACGCCGUGCUCAAGCGUGAGGAAGAGGUGUUUGGUGGUGAAAACGCACGGUACUACAACGUGCGCGGGAGGGGCGACGGCAAACUUCUCACCGGCACCGACACGUUGCGAAGGCAGCUCAUGGACGUGCUCGAAACGAGCAUGGCCGGUAGCCUGCACGGGAUCACGAACGCGGUGCAGCUCGAACUCGAGGAGGCCAGCUACCAGUUCAAGGUGCAAUACAACGACCAGCGGAUCACCGCCGAGUCUUACGUCGCCGAGACGACAGAUGCUCUCAAGGCUCGCUUCAAGGAGUACACGAGGCAGUUCAACAAGCCAGCGGUGCGGUCCAAGCUCACAGCGAUGCUGGAUGAGAAGGUCAUGGACAUCCUCGAGCAGCUGUACUUCAACGACGAGGCGCGGGCGACCGAGCUGAGCCGACUGGGCGAGGACCGGCGCCUGAGCAGCGAAGCAGACCUGGAGCCGUACUGGAAGUACAAGCUUGAGACGGCGAGCAGUCUCCUUACGAAGAGUGGAGUGGGGCGCGACUCGACAGGACUGGUUGCAGACGGCCUGCGCGGCCUGAUAGACAGCAUUGCAGCUGGCGAGCCGUUCUCCUUCCACCCUUCGGCCAGCGAGCGGAUUGUCGACUUCUCGCAUGAUCUCCUGCGCGACCGCAUGGGCGUGACAGCCGACCAGGUCGAAAACUGCAUCAAGCCGUACAAGUACGAGGUCGAGGUCGACGAGCGCGAGUGGGAGAACGGGCGUGCGCGCGCCGACCGCAAGUUUAGCGACGAGAUGGUGCUCUGCGAGGCCAAGCUCACCGAGAUCCGAGGCCGUCUCGGCGGGUCGCGUAGGCUGAAUUCGUUGGUCAAGCACGUCGACGACCUCGAGAAGUGGAGCGUCAAGAACAGAUUGCGCAACGCCUCGGCCUCGGCCGAGGAGGAGGAGGUGGAAGCACCGCAAGUGGAUGCGUACAAGUACUCGGCUGCGCAGUUGAUCGACGGCCGACACGCACUGCUGCUGCAGAACCGACUUGCGCUGCUGAAGCUGCGCCAGCAGGCGAUCCGGAGCAAGCGCUGCCGCAUGGGACCCGAACAGGCCGCGUUCUGCCCCGAGACGUUCCUCGCCGUCGUCGCCGAGAAGCUCGCGUACACGUCCACCAUGUUCAUCAACAUUGAGCUGCUCGAGCAGUUCUUCUACCAGUUCCCUCGCGAGAUCGACAGCCGAAUUCUGUACGAUCUCGAUCGAGACGAGAUCAAAAAGUUUGCUUUUGAAAACCCCAAGAUCCGGCAGCACCUUGAACUACAGGAGAGGAGGGAUAAACUUGAGCAGGUCCUACGAUCCCUCCAGACACUCGUCAACCUGCAAGCUGACCAGGGACAGAGUGAUAGCCGGCACAAGAGGAGGAAGGACGGACUAUUCUCCAAGUUUAUGUGA